UAAUGAAAUUUUUAAAAGACUUCCGAAGGCAAUUUAAUAUAAAGUGCUAAAUGAAGAUAUGUGAAAACGAUGAGAUUUAUAUUUUAAACAAUUACGUUACUUGCCAAAAAUCUGACAUACUACAUUAUACAAAGUUUUACAUUUUUGUAACAAAGUGCAACAUACACAAAUACAUAGACAUAUAUUACCCUAGGAAUGCCUGAGAAGAAGACGACCAUUAAACAGUCAUGGAUAAGAGACAUGCAGAAAAGUACAAACCCGAAGAUUUACAAUUGACAAUAUAGCCGAUGAUUGACGCUGACACAGCAUGAUGUUUGAUCAAAAAGUGGUAAAAGUAAAUCAUUUGCAUGCAGUAAAUGUAAUUGUUAUCAACAGUGGAAAUUCUUCAAACCCAAGAAGAUACAUGUUCUAUAAAUAGCACCAAUCAAAGUAUAAAUAGGUAGAUGUAUGACAAAGAGAUCAUUCUGUAUCCAGUGAUCGAAGAAGACACAUCGAGGAUUCAACUAAUAGCUUAUCUCAGUACCUUGAUGAGGAAGUUAUUGCAACUACACUGUCAUGGCAGAUAAAUUAUUAAACAGAAAACAUUUGAAGUUCAUAGACUAAAGAAGAGUUGUAGAAUUUCAACAAGGUUUCGAGCUAUAGGGCCUGUGCAUAAGAGUUUUACCUUACCAGAGUUUGGUAAUCUACUGAGAUAGUAUGAGAGUUCCAGCUUAUAGAUAAGGUCCAGCGUUAUUGGCGAAGUACAGUCAAGGAAUCGGGGAUAUACCUAUAUGGUAGUUGAAUGCUACAUGUGAUAGCAUAUAGGCGCUGAACAUCCAGGAAUCAGGGCAAUCAUAUAGAGUUGCAACUUCAAUUAACAGGUAAGAGGCCGGGCAUCCAUGCGAUAGGACUCGUAUGUUGUUGAUUCAAAGACAUUGUCUGACGGGAACUUCAACAAAAAGACCAGUAAAGUAUAGAGUCUCCAGCCAAUAAGAGUUGAGCUAAUUAAUAUUAAUUGAAGAUUGUUAGUUUGAAACAUUAAGUGAUUUUCCUGAUCCCUGAAAUUAUCUAGAUGUGACAGGAUGGACGAACCAGGGACAGCAACUAUUGGAACAACAUAACACUCAUUACAAUAUGUACAUGUUUGUUUACAAAAAAAAAAAAUAUUUACAAUGAAUGAAGAAAAAAAAAUCUUAAAAGAAGAAAAUACGAAAAGAAAACCCUAAAAAAAAAUCGGAACUCAGUAUCUGUUUUCUAGAAGAUGUCCGUUCCUAUAAAUUAAUGUUAAUUUUUUUUUUGAUGGAUCAAAGAUCACUAGAAACAUAUUUUGUUAUAAAGUUCCGUUGAACCGUAAAAACGUUAACUCCCUUUUGGCUCCCAAUGUUGGCAGGUGUUUUUAUCCCUGAGCUGUCUCAGCUGACUACUAAAAUCAGCAUCUUUGUGGUUAAAGCACAACCACGGGACGACAGCUCUGCGCUUGGAAAAUCACAGGCGAGUACACUAAAGCGAACUUCGGGUAUUGAACUUCCUGGUCGUGACGUCAUCACCAGGUAUAAGUCGUCUGGUGGAAGAAGCUUAAAUAUAUAAUAUAUGGUAAGCACCAUAGAAAAUACAAAUAAGGGCAUAAAACUGCUCCUUUUGGUACACACCUCCGUAGGCUCCCAUAAAUAAUAUAUGCUACUUAUACAAAAUAUGAGUGCUAUUAAGUUCAUACGUCACGUGAUUACAAUACGUCAAUUAUUAUUUCCAUUAUUUCUAAAAUUUAUUACCUACAAGUUUAAAUAUGGAAAAAAUAUGAAAAGAUAAUGAUGAGAUUUAUAGAUAAGGAAAUGAUGAACUGCAGCUAUUAUUUACAAUCACCAAUUAACACAAUGCAACGCAAAUUAAAUGUUAUACAAUAGCUGGUAUGAAUGUAUGAACUACCAUAGAACAAAACGGACAUUGUACAGAUAUGCUAUAGACUGGCACACCAUAAUUUUAAAUUACAAUAACAUAUUAAAUACACAAUACUAGACUUAACACAUACAUUUACAAAUUACAAUGCAAUGCAGUACCGGGGUUUCAUAAUCUACAACGAACUGUUUGACAUAUACGAUUUAUAACAAAGAUUUUUUUCUAAUGAUGAUGUCACUGCGGUCGUAUACAGUUUGGUUCGAAAUGGGGCUAGUACGAAAGUGUGGGUAGUCAGAGUAAGGUUGUCCCACUUGCUGAAUUUUGCGCGAACAUUCCUGACACAUGUGUGCAUAUCUUUCGAAGCUUGCGCAAGGAAGGGUUUCUUUCUUAUAUGACAUGCGUCAUAAGGCCUAAAAGAGGUAUUUUUAUACGUAAGCUUAUAAUUUACUUGCGGGGUCUCGUUGUGUUUUGAGGGAAAUUGCUGUUAUUCAUUGUUAAAGUUUCAUAGUAUCAAUUUCGGACAGAACUGCAUUUUUUUGCAUUUAUUGAAUCACAUUUUUCGAAUACAAACUAAUUUCUUUUGCAUGACGAUGGUGCUGCGUUAUUUUGUUAAAUAGUUGAUUGUAAACUUGUUUAAGGGUUUUUAUUGCAAGUUCUGUAAGUAAGUAAGAUAUAAUUCACAGAUGUCAGGUAUGAACUUGCUUGUAAUACCUUUGUUGUACUGAAUGUUUCAGUUCGACGUAGACGAUUGCGAUUAAAAGUCUUCAGUGAAACUCUUGGUCGUUGUCAUUGAGGAAGAAGCACUUAUAGUCGAACUCUUCUCUCAUCAAGAACCAUUUGAUGCUAUACAAGACGAGAAACAGGCUAUUGCAGCUAUUGCUGCAAUGAGUGAUCAUAAACUACAGAAAAGUGUCGCAAAUAAUGCUAAACUUAAUGUUAACACAGACCUCCACUCGAAACCUGUCCCAAUAUUUUUGAGUGACAGUAAGGGACGGUAUCUGAAAGCUGUUGCUGAAAGCAUGGAUUCUGUGCAUAUAGAAUGGUUUUGUAAGAGUGGUUCUGCUCCAAUAGAUAAUUACAAUUGGCUCUGUAGAAAUCUUGAGAACUUGCGUACAAAGUACCAUGAAAUAAGUCUGUAUAUAUAAACUGGAACAUGCGAUUUUACCGUUAAAGAGAAAAAAAUUAUUUCACUAAGAAAAUCACCAGAUGACGGCUUAGAAUCAUUAAAAACUUACCUUUUGAAAAUUAAAGAAUUGUGUUCCAGUGCAAAGGUGAAACUCACUUUUCUCCAAAUAUCUUAUUACUCCAUUCAGUUGUGGAAUAAAGCAAAAGGUCAUCCCGAACCAGACCAGUUCAAGUCUGAUGACAAACGCUUGAACACGCUCAUAGAUGCUGCAAACGAGUUUAUAGAUAGUCUUAACUGUGCAGUUGGAUCAUAUUCUCCUAAGUUAAAUCAGGACUUGGUCCGAAGUCGAAAGAAGAAGGGUCAGAAAGCGCGUUAUUCCAUGAAUUUCAACCUUCUCAGAGAUGGAAUUCAUCCAGGAAAAAAAUCUGUCACAGACCUGGCUAGCCAACAUUCGCAAGAAGAUUAUUGCUGACUGUGCUUAACUCUGCACAGGCAGGGAUUGCCCAGCCGUGCACCAAUUGACAGUAAUCAUAGGCAGGGAUUGCCCAGCCAUGAUUUCAAAGUGCAACAUUAUUUCUUGAUUUUGAAUGUUUUCUCUGACUUUGUAAAGUAACACGGACGAAGUUCACUAUGGAUUAAAUUUCAGGGCUGUUAUAUAAUUUCUUUACUUAAAUUUGGGGAUUUUUCGUCCAUGCUGCUACAUUAUAGUACAUAUGUAAAUUUAGACGUGUUUCUAUGUAAUUUAGUGGGCACUCUCAUGUUUUUCUUAGCAUUUGUAUAUUGUUCACAAACUUUUUUGUGUCAAGCUAUGUACUUAUUCUUCAAGGGGUAUCAUGUCUGAUUCAGAAACAGAUCCUAGGGAUCGAACCUUAACUGAAAAGGGUCUUGACUACCAAGUUAAUUUGUUAAGGGGCAAAUUUAAAUUAGGACUUUCCACAUGGCGUCGUCAUUUUUCUCAAGCAUUAAUUUUAAUAACUGAUUCCGAGGACGUUUGUACUAUUAAGGAACAUAGAAAGUUGUUAAAUAGUUCACUUGAGAACUUGACAGACAUAUUUGAGAGAUUAAGGGCCUUAGUUGAGGAUUUGCAAGAUGAACAGUUUCCAGAGGGUGAGAAAUUUGAACAAGUAGAAUUAGAGCACCAAAAUGUCAUGCAACAAAUUACUAAUUGUAUACAAAGGUUAGAAUUCAAACAGGAUGAGGUUGGUUCUCGUGUUUCGAAUGUCUCAUAUCGUAGUGUUGAUUCUAGGAACACUAGAAGGUCAAAUAUUUCUAGAAUUUCUGAUGCUGCAGCAAAAACAGCCAAGUUGAAGGCUGAACUUAAGUAUAUAGACAUAGAAUCCCGUUCCAAGGCUGAGUUACUGAAAGAUCAAACUAUGAAAAAAUUAGAAAUGGCUCAAGCAAAAUUUGAUGUCUUAAAUAUAGAUUGUAACCAGUCUGAUCUUGAUCCAAGGGUGCCUAUUUCAGUGUAAGAUGGUAUGACAGAUUAUUUUGAUAAGAAUGUAGAAACUCACUUUAGUGCUGGCAUGCAUAGAGGACGAAUGUUGCAGUUUCAUCUUCAUCAGGCAAUCCACAUGUAUCAGAAAGUUUUCCUACACUCCCCACUCCUGUAUCAUAAAGUUUUCCCACACUCCUCCCUCGUGUAUCAGAAAGUUUUCCCACACUCCCCGCUCACGUAUCAGAUAGUUUUCCCACACUCCCCCCUCCUGUAUCAGAAAGUUUUCCUAUACUCCCCCCUCCUGUAUCAGAAUGUUUUCCCACACUCCUCCCUCGUGUAUCAGAAAGUUUGCCCACACUCCCCCCUCACGUAUCAGAUAGUUUUCCCACACUCCCUCCUUCUGUAUCAGAUAGUUUUCUCACACUCCCCCCUCACCAAGCUGGUGUAUUUACUAAUAUCAAGAGUCUGCAUCCCUACCUUCAAUAGUUUGGUCUCACAUGGCACCUUCCUUGUUGUUGAAUCAACAGGCUAAUGCAUUUACUCCUUUACAACCGUCAGUCAGUUUAAACUUACCUGAAACUGAACCACUUCAACCAUCCUCUGCUGUCUCUGCUCGAUUCCCAUUGCCUGAAUGUACAACCUCUUCAUCCGGCUCUCAGAAAACAGCUUCUCAAGCAGACAAUCAGGCAACAAAGGGCAUAGAACUUUUAGAUUUUGCAAAGUCAUUUGCAGAACAGGUUAACCUUAGUCGCCUUCUUACACCUGAACCUGGUACAUUUGCUGGCGACCUUCUUACUUACCCGAGUUGGUUGAGUGCUUUCGAGACUUUGAUCGAACGCAGGAAUAUACCUGCUCAAGAACGUAUUCACUAUUUGAAGCGAUAUGUUGCUGGCCUUGUUAAAGAACUGAUUGAGUGUUAUCUUUUGUUAUCUUCUGAUAAAGCUUAUGAAGAGGCCCAAAGGGCUUUGAAUAAGCGUUACGGGGACCCAUUUGUUAUUGCAAACGCAUUGAGGGACAAGUUAGAAAAUUGGCCCAAAAUUCAGGUACCUGAUGGUACUGGUCUUAGGAAAUUUGCGGACUUUCUACAACAGUGUCUUGUUGCUAUGCGAAGCAUUAAGUCUCUUUCUGUUCUUAAUGAUGAUAGAGACAAUAGAAAACUUUUGCCUAAGCUGCCUGCGUGGUUAGUGACAAGAUGGAGUCGCACUGUUGUGCAAAUGAGAGAAGAGAAAUGUCUCUUCCCGCCGUUCGAGGAGUUUGUUAAGUUUGUUGUUAAGGAAGCAAAAAUUGCCUGUGACCCGGUCACCUCUCUCCAGUCUCUAAAAUCUGUCACUGAUGAACGUAAACCUACAUGGCGUAUUGCUAAGCAACAUUCUGGUCGUUCUUCAUGGAAGCUGAUGAAAAAUCUGGGUCUACCAAAACUGUAUGUGUUCUGUGUCAGAAGUCUCACGAUGUAGAUACUUGCGGGCUGUUUCUUAAUAAAUCUUUAAAGGACCGCAAGGCCUUUGCUAGGAAUGAAGGUCUUUGUUUUGCUUGUCUACGUAAAGAUCACCUUUCAAAUCAGUGUAGGCACAGAAAGAAAUGCAAAGUGUGUUCAAAAUCACACCCGACUUCCCUGCAUGGAGAUGGAAGGAACCAAGAUAGAUCUGUUGCAGACUCUGCUAAGUCAAAGGGUGAAAUUCCUUCUCACUCUGGUGCUUCCAUUUUGAGAUAUGUCAGUGAAUGUUCUAAGGUUUCAUUAGUUGUUCCAGUUCUGUUGUCCCACAGUGAUAAUCCUGACCAUGAGAUUCUAGUGUAUGCAAUGCUCGAUACACAGUCAGACACAUCAUUUAUAUUGGAAAGUUCAGCUAGUGCUCUUGGGCUUUCUUGAACAGACGUUAAGCUUUCUCUUUCUACUAUGCAUGAAGAAAAUCGAGUUAUUGACAGUAAAAAGGUGAAGGGCUUACAGGUGCGUGGUUUUAACAGUCAGUUAAAAAAUUCAAUUGCCAGAGGUUUUCAUUAGGAAUAUCAUGCCGGCUAACCGGUCCCAUAUUCCCACUCCAAAACUUGCCAGAUCUGUAUCUCAUUUAAAGUGCAUUGCUGAUUGCCUAUUGCCAUUGCAAGAUUGUGAAAUAGGCCUACUUAUCGGGUACAACUGUCCAAAGGCAUUGACCCCACGGGAUGUAAUUGCUUCUAGUGAAGAAGGGCCCUUUGCACAGAGAACCGAUUUAGGAUGGGGCAUUAUAGAUGUAACUGAUUCUUGCAAUGUUGUCGAUGAUCAGGUUGAUGUCGUUGGUCUUAGUCAUCGCAUUUUGACCUGUGUAGUUCCAGAGACCGUUACUACUCAGUUUGAAGAUCACAAGGUUAAGUCAGUUCGGUUUAGUUUGAAAGCAAAGGUGAAAGAAGUUUUUGAUCCUUCAAAGAUUCUUAAGGUUAUGGAAUCAGUUUUUGUAGAGAGAACUGAGAUGCAUCCAAUCUCUCGCGAAGAUAAAAGGUUUUUAGAUAUCAUGAACAAGCAAAUUCAGGUUGUUGACCAAAGGUAUGAAAUGCCCUUGCCAUUCAGGAAUUCGAAACCUUCGCUUCCUGACAACCGGUUAAUGGCUGAGCAUCGCUUUAGUAGUCUCAAGAAGCGCCUGAUUCACGAUUCUCAGUACAAGAGUCAUUAUUUUACCUUUAUGAACAAUUUGAUUGCCAAAGGGAAUGCAGAAAGGGUUUCAGAUACUGAUAUUGCUGUGAAUAGUGGCCAUAAAUGGUACAUUCCACAUCAUGGAGUUUACCACCCUCAAAAACCAAAUAAGGUUCGUGUUGUGUUUGAUUGUAGUGCUAAGUUUAAAGGAGAAUCCCUAAAUGGCCAUUUGUUGUCGGGCCCCGAUUUAACCAAUCUGUUAGUUGGUGUUCUGUGCAGGUUCAGAAAAGAACCUAUAGCAUUCACUUGUGAUAUUGAACAGAUGUUCUACCAAUUCAAGGUUAAGCCCGAGGACAGAGAUUUUCUGAGAUUCUUGUGGGUAGAUGGUGAAAAUUUGAAUACUUCCCUAGUAGAUUAUCGAAUGAUUGUUCAUUUGUUUGGUGCCAAAUCUUCGCCAGGGUGUGCUAACUUUGGAUUAAAAAGGGUUGCAACCGACUAUCAGUCUAUGUAUGGACAAGAUGUCUUACAAUUUGUUCAUCAAACUUUUUACGUAGACGAUGGUUUAAAGUCUCUCUCGAGUGCUAAGGAUGCAAUCAGUCUAAUCAAUAGAACGCAGGAUAUGUUAUCAAGGGCAUGUAUUAGAUUGUGCAAAUUUGUUUCGAACUCGUCUGAGGUUCUCGAAAGUCUGAAACCUGAGGAUUGUGCUAGAGAUCACACCAAGGUUGAAUUACAACGUAAUAUACCGAUGGAAAGAGCGUUAGGUGUCAUGUGGUGUGCAGAAUCGGAUACUCUCCAAUUCAGAAUUGCUUUAAAUGACCGUCCAUUAACAAGAAGGGGGAUCCUUUCGACAAUCAGUUCAAUUUAUGAUCCGUUAGGGCUAAUAGCGCCAGUUUUGCUUAAAGUAAGCAACUUCUUCAGGCAAUGUGUGCCAAUCACAGUGAUUGGGAUGAUCCAUUACCAGAAUCCUUGCGCAUGAAGUGGACUCGGCGGCGCAUUGAUAUCCAGAAUCUUGAUGGUUUGAAGGUUGACAGGUGUGUUAAGCCAUCUGAUUUCGGUGCUAUUCGAGUAGUUGAGGUACAUCACUUUGCUGAUGCCAGUUCUAAUGGAUAUGGUCAAUGCUCGUAUUUAAGGUUGAUUGACUGCUUUGGUAAGGUCCAUUGUUCACUGCUUAUGGGAAAGUCCCGUGUUGUUCCUUUGCGACCGAUUACUAUUCCACGGUUAGAAUUGUGCGCUGCAGUUGUGUCUGUGAAAAUCUCUACUCUCUUAAGUAAAGAGCUUUCAUAUGAAGGCCUUAAACAUUACUUUUGAACUGAUAGCACAAUUGUGCUUGAGUAUAUAACCAAUGAAGCCAAACGUUUUCAUGUCUUUGUUGCAAAUCUAGUAGGCCAGAUUAGGCAAUUCUCAGAACCUUGUCAAUAGUCCCAUAUUGCGACUGACUAGAAUCCAGCUGAUACUGCGUCAAGAGGUGUUGAUGUUUUAGAGCUUGUGAGGUCUAUGUGGUUUAAGGGUCCAGACUUCCUCUGGGAGGCUGGUAGCUAUUGGUCUAGUUCAGAACCAUACACUGUUCCCAUGGAUGAUCCUGAACUAAAGAGUGUUCAGACAUUCAGUGUUCAAGUCAAUAGUUGUGGCCCACCCAUGUGUUCUAUUUUAGAGAGGCUUGCUUACUUUUCAGACUGGACACGUGCGAAGGUAGCUGUAGCCCUGGUUUUAAGAUUAAAAUCUAGGCUGAUACAUAGGUUGGUCAAGAGACCACAAAUUGCGAUACCAGCAAAUCUUAAAAUUUAAAAAACUUUCUGUUCAAGAGUUGCAAGUGGCAAAGCUUGAGCUUAUUAAGCAGGUCUAAGCUAAAGCCUUUGAACGAUACCUGGAGAUCUUGACUUCUUCAAGGAGUGAUAGUUCAAAAGAGACAACCAUGCUGAAAAAGUCUAGUUUAUACAAGUUAAACCCGUUUUUGGACACUGGUGGUGUUAUUAGAGUAGGUGGCCGUUCGCGCAAUCUUGGAAGUUCAGAUUUGACUACCCAAAUAGUACUUCCCAGAAAAGGUCACAUUACAGACCUCGUCAUUCGUUAUUGUCACGAACGGGUCCAACAUCAAGGUCGGGGUUUUACAGUUAAUGAGAUUCGCUCAAAUGGUUAUUGGGUCAUAAGUUGUGGGUCUGCUGUCUCUUUCUUCAUCUCAAAAUGUGUGACCUGUAGAAAGCUAAGAGGCUCCUUACAAACUCAGAAAAUGGCAAACUUGACAUGUGAUAGACUUGAGUGAGUUAACAGCCCCGUUUACUUAUGUCGGUGUAGACCUUUUUGGCCCUUGGAUUGUCAAGGAAGGUCGGAAGGAAAUGAAACGAUAUGGCGUCAUUUUUACUUGUUUGAACUGUCGUGCUAUUCAUCUGGAGACUGCUAAUUCUCUUGGCACCAGCUCUUUUAUUAAUGCAUUGCGCCGCUUCAUUUCAAUCCGCGGUUCUAUUAGGCAGUUGAGGUCAGAUCAAGGCACGAAUUUUAUAAGAGCUGAAAGACAGCUAAGAGAGGCAGUGCAAGAGAUGGAUGAAGAACGUAUUUCACAGUAAUUACUGUUCGUAAUGUAUUGUCAAGUCUUCUUAGGCAGUCUAGUACAAAAUUAGACGAUGAAGCUCAUAGGACCUUUAUGUGUGAUGUAUCAGCGAUAGUCAAUUGCCGUCCUCUCACUGUGGACAAUCUGAAUGACCCUCUUUCGAAUUCUGGUAUCGGUGGCGAAGGGAAUAUUUGCAAUGCUUGCAGUUUCGCAGCAAAUGGCAAAAACCUUCACGCAACCUUGCUGUAGGUGAUGUUGUCUUGGUUACUGAUGAUAAUCUCCCACGUAAUCAUUAUGUGCAAGUUCAGACAGCAAUUCCGUAUGCAUAAUUUUGACUUGAAUUAAUUGCUGUUUUGCAUGAUUUUGUCUUGAAUUAAUUUGCCAGUUUAUAUACCAGUUAAUUAUCUGUAAAUAAGGUAUCAGUUUUGAAGGAAGCAUUAUCUUUGUGAUUUACAAGAGUCAAGAUAGAGUUUUGUGCAGAAUUUCGAAUAUUUGACUCACCAUGGUGCUUCUUGAUAAAAUGUUGCAUUCAUUGCCUAUAAAAUAGAAUGUGUAGCACAAACACUUUUUAUACAAUUCUCUGUUAAUUUUUCUUCACUGUCUGUAUUGAGAAGAUGUAAAGGUGAUUCGACGAAUAAUUUUUAAAACUUUAAGGUGGCGUAGAUUUUGCAUUACUUAUUAAGGUGCUGCAACAUUAGUAAUUCUAUAAUUUUAAUGCGGUUGAUAUAUAGCGUUGCCAAGUUGUUAGUAAAUUAGUUGACACUAAUUUAGGGGAGCCAUGUCACUGCGGUCGUACACAGUUUGGUUCGAAAUGGGGCGAGUACGAAAGUGCGAAUAAUCAGAGUAAGGUUGUUCCCCUUGUUGAAUUUUGUGCGAACAUUCCUGACACAUGUGUGCAGAUAUUUCGAAGCUAGCGCAAGGGUUUCUUUCUUAUAUGACAUGCGUGCAGAGGCCUAAAAGAGGUUUUUAAUACGUUAGCUUAUAAUUUACUUGCGGGGUCUCGUCGUGUUUUGAGGGAAAUUGCUGUUAUUCAUUGUUAAAGAUUCAUAGUAUCAAUUUCGGACAGAAUUGCAUUUUUCGGAUACAAACUAAUUUCUUUUGCAUGAUGAAUGUGCUGCGUUAUUUUGCUAAAUAGUUGAUUGUAAACUUGUUUAAGGGUUUUUUAUGCAAGUUCUGUAAGUAUGUAAGAUAUAAUUCACAGAUGUCAGGUAUGAACUUGUUUGUAAUACCUUUAUUGUACUGAAUGUUUCAGUUCGACGUAGACGUUUGCGAUUAAAAGUCUUCAGUAAAA